CUAUGCAACGUCGCUGGAUUUGCACAUCCCAAUAAAUACGGAUUCUAAUCUGUGCAAUAUAAACACCCACUAAACGGAAAUUCUGUUCCCUCGCUGGUGAAGGACACCCGACCUGUCAUCGCUUAUGCAGAAAUGGCGCAGCUGUUGAUUUUUGUAAUCUUCAACAUGUUUCCAAGUCUUAUUGCAUUCAUGCAUAACUCAACUUCUGGAGGUUGUGCUAUCAUUCGUCCUCCCAGAGAUGGAGGGAUUCGGUACAAAGGACUGACUCAGGAGCAAAUUCGCAGUGUGCAGAUCUUACCUGUAGACUAUGAGAUUGAAUACAUCUGCCGGGGGAACAGGGUGAUUGUGGGGCCAAAGGUGCGAAAGUGUCUUCCAAAUGGCAUAUGGACAGACAUGGAGCAGCAGAGCAGAUGCAUGUUUUUGUGUCCUCGUGCUUGGACUUCUUUGGAGAACGGCAGAGUGAACCUGCAGCCCCCUGGUCCUCCAGUAGAAGGCACUGUGCUCCAUUUCAGCUGCCAUUCCGGAUUUCAACUGGAGGGCAAAGACAUCUCUCACUGCACCAAGCAGGGCAAAUGGGACUCGCCCAGACCACUGUGUGUCUAUGAUAGAAAUUAUACAGAUUACCUGAAAUAA